AUGAACGAACAACAACAAUGUAGCACGGAGAGCCCCUAUCUCUUCUCCUAUCUCCCUGGCGAGUUGAUUCCAGCGAUUUUGGUGAGGUUACCAGUUCGAUCUCUGCUCCGUUUCAAAUCAGUGUGCAAAUCGUGGCAUUCUCUCAUUUCCGAUCCCAAAUUUGGUAAAUCUCACUAUGACCUAGCUGCUGCACCCACCCAUCGAUGUCUUACAAAAGGUAAUGAAUCUGAAAUUGAGUCCAUAGAUGUAGAUGCAGCAUCACUUCACAAUUCUGAAUCUUGUGUAGUAAACCUCAAACUUCCGCUUCCACCACCCCGUAUGGAAUAUAGGUCUUAUGGUCUUGACCCCUUUAUCGAUGUUGAGUUUGUGGGUUCUUGUAGAGGGUUUGUUCUUGUAGCCUAUCCACUGGGUGAUGUUUUUGUAUGGAAUCCAUCAACCGGUGAGCAGAGAAGAAUUGCAGACGACCAUGAUGGGAUGAUUGAUAUGUGUUCAAUUGGUUUUGGGUAUGACAGAUCAACAGAUGACUACUUGCUCGUGCUUAUGCAAGUGAUUCAUUUGAACUUUUAUGAUACCUAUCCAGACCAAGUAGCUAAUGAUCAUACAAUUAUUCGCAUUUUUUCCAUGAAAACAAAUUCUUGGUUUGAUCAGGAGGGUACUUAUGCUCAAUAUGUGGAUAUGGGUUGUGCUUAUCUCAAAAUUGCGGCCUUCUUGAACGACGCCCUACAUUGGUUGGUUACCUCUUAUGAAACCAAACUUCAUGUAAUUAUUGCCUUUCAUUUGGUGCAACGGAAUUUGUCAGAAAUUCCUUUGCCACAAGUUUUAGUCACGAGAUUAGAAAAUAAUUUUUUGUAUUAUUUGAGGGUCAUAGGAGAAUGUCUCAGCCUAUGUUACCCGGGUAACACAGAUUCAACGGCUGAGAUAUGGAUGAUGAAAGACUAUAAAGUGCAGACAUCUUGGACUAAGUUAUUUAUUUUUUCUACUUGCAACAUUCCCCGCGAUGUCAUUCAUCCAAUAUGUUUCACCAAACAUGGUGAAUUGUUUUGUUCAUACGGCUCUGGAGGAUUAAUGAUAGUUGAUGACAAAGGAUGGCAGCUUCUUGAUGAGAGCACAAAAUGGCCCGAACCCCAUAUGAUGUUUGGUGAGGAAAGAGAGUGUAUACUACCCUGUGGUUUGUAUAGAGAGAGUUUACUAUCACUCCCUAAUGACUUUCAGCAAGCGAAUGAAAAUGACCAGCUGAUGAUUUCCUUGGUGGAGACAAAUGAAGAUGACAAAUAG